AGUACGUGUACCUUGAUCCAAAACUGGCAUCCUAUACGAAACGUCAGAAUGAAACGACAACCGAAAAAAAUCGAAAAAUGCUUUAGAAGAAGCAGAUAAAAUUUUCGCUAGGAUACAAAUUAGCAAAACAAGAGUUCAACGCUUCAUAACAAAAAGAGGCGAAGUUUGGAGUUUAGUGCCGGAAUAAAUAAUUUUUUGCAGAACUGCUCAAAAAGGUGUGAAAAUAUUCUAAAAUUAAAUAAUGGUUAGAAACAAUAAAUAGAAUGUAGCUGGUAUGCUGUCGUUUGUUCAUAGUAUCAAGCGUGGGCACUGCAAAUCCCAAAAAGAGUACGAAGUACAUGGAGUCAUUAAGAGUGACGUCCCACCCAUCAUCAGUAGAGAGUAAACAUUCAAGUCGGGAAACGUCUCCAAGUCGUAAGCGAGCAAAUGCUUCCGCUAAUUUAGUUACACAGACCGCCGCGAUGCAAACGGUUAACAAUAUGUCUGAACGGGAGGGGUCACUAUCUGUUGUGGACAGUGCAUCGGGAGCGGAAGAUCAGCAGAAAGACAAAGAAGAAGCUAUAAUCACAUCAAUUCAAGGGGACGAAAAUGACGGCAAUCUCACUACAAUUUCCCAACUAAGUAACGACUCCAAUGAUUCGAAACCGUUUUAUAAAGGCCACCAUAGGACGAGCAGCUCACUCGCGUGUAAUCGUAUCACUACGAAAAUUGCAUGCACGAAAGAGUCAAUCAAGAAAGAACAAACGGCCCGAGAUGCUAAUGUGAAUGAGUACUUGAAGCUGGCUGCCAAUGCUGAUAAGCAACAACUGCAGAGAAUAAAGGCAGUCUUUGAGAAGAAAAAUCAGAAAAGUGCUCAUAAUAUUUUACAGCUACAGAAAAAACUAGAUUCGUACAGCAAGAAAUAUAAAGAUUUACAACAUGACCAUCAAAAGCAACAGCAGAGUGUUCGUCAGCCGAGGGAAAUGCUUCGAGAUGUGGGCCAAGGUUUGCGGAACGUUGGUGGAAAUAUAAGAGAUGGUGUCAGUGAACUGUCCGCAAGUGUAAUGUCCAAACCUAGAGAAUUUGCGCAUCUUAUAAAAAACAAAUUUGGCAGUGCCGAUAACAUAAACCAACUGUCGUCCACAUGGUACACAGAGCAAAAAACUGGUGAUAUCAACCGAAAUCGGCACCCGUCACACAUCGAUGAAAACUCGCUUCGCUAUGAUAAUCUAAACAUAGGAAAGGUAGCUAAUCCUUCAGAUGACAUAGCGAUAUCCAAUCCAGCAAUAAUAGGUGAUAUUGAAGAAAAAUAUAGCGAACACGAAAGCGAAUGCAGUAGUGUUACGAGUGAUAGCAUUCCAAUAAGCUCUGGAAAACACCGUAUGCUAAGGAGAAGUCAUUGCACAAGCUAUAAAGCAAACAAUGAAAUCCGGGAAGAGUAUGAUCGGAUAAAAGGAAAAAUCGAUAGAUUAGAGAAUUUACAUAAGGAUGUUACCGAACUGGCCAUAGCAUUAGAUUCCGAGCGGUAUCGUGCCGAACGAUUGGAGGAGCAACUGAACGAUUUGACGGAGCUGCAUCAAAACGAAAUCGAAAACCUGAAACAGGCGAUUGCAGAUUUAGAGGAAAAAGUUCAGUACCAGAGCGAUGAACGACUGCGGGACGUUUACGAAAUAAUGGAAAACUGUCAGACGAGAGUUUCCAAAAUGGAGCAUAUAUCCCAGCAGCAAUACGUGACAGUCGAGGGAAUAGACAAUUCGAAUGCACGAGCAGUCGUAGUGAAGCUAAUCAAUGUUGUAUUGACCGUGCUCCAGGUGGUUCUGCUCUUGGUUGCAACGGCCGCCGGGAUCGUAAUGCCUUUCCUAAAAACACGGAUACGUGUUCUGUCUACCAUAGCGUGCAUCAUGUCAAUUGCGUUAAUCUUCAGGCAAUGGUCGGAUCUCAAACAGUUUUGGGUUUAUUCGAUCGGAUUUGUUAGGGGGUUUUUAAAAAUAUAAUAAAUCCUGCGUAAGUUCACUAUUUCAAUCUUCGAUGUUCUUGGGUUCAGGAAGAUGGAAUUUUCCAUCGGAUAUUGUGAGAAUAAAGAUGCAAAGAACUAGGUUAUGAGAUAAGAGGCAGGGGUAAACUAUUUGAUUAUUAAAGUUACGUAGCUGAUCAUU